UUGGUUUCCAUGGCAAUCCCCCUGAAUAGUUCGCAGUUACACAAAACUGUUGUACAGUGCCUUCCCCCUAAAGGGGCCCUAGAUCCACCACAUUAGUUCGAGUGCUACUGUUACCCGAGCGAGUUUGUGGAUCAGUUGGGAUCCAGAGGAUCGCAGGGUUCCCCAGAGCUCCGGGCUUCGCCGGGAAGUCGCUCUUUAAUCUGCCCAGGUUAGCCUGGCGUGAAGUUGUUACCGCUUUCGUGCUGUUCUUCGAUGAGCAAAAAUCGUUUAAACAUCUCAUUCGUGGAUGCUUAAAAGCGACAUUGGCAAAGGACCUGUGACCUGCAAGAACUUGACCCGAGUCUGCGUUGAACGUACCGAGCGAAAAACACAACAGGGAUUUGUGUACGAGAAAGUGAGCGAUCAGACGCACACCUCGCAACAUCAUAGGAUGUGGACCUCUUAUAUGAACGGGAUCCUACCGCAGAAGGAAUUGCGCAAAGAAUGCAAUCAAUUUAAAGAAGCCAUAGUUUUUCCUGAAAUUGGCAAAGACCUACCAGCAAACUCCUCUGCUCUUGUAACACAGAAAAUUGGCUCCAAACGUCGCUCUCUCUCAGACAGCCUGCAGGAUCUAUUCUUCACUCCUCGGAUUUUGGACUCUCAGAGAAUUUCAUAUCGAGUCAUUGACCUUAAAGACAGCAAAACAGCAGAAUGUCAUUGGAAAGUGCCUUACAAAAAACUCAGCAAUGAUACAGACUCGAAAAUUAAGAUGCAUUUGAAGCAUCACUUCUGUCAACGGCAUCUGAAGCAGAUCAGUCAGCAGAACAAAACAGGCUCAGCAUCAAAUGAGGAUGAAGGAAGCCUCUCGGGGAGUGACAGAAGCUCUUUGGGACUUGAACAGUGCAGUAAUAUUUCAGUACUUGGGCCUGAGAGCUGCCUAUCACCUCGGCUCCAGGAUAGUCCAACAGAUGACUGUGAGAAUAUAUUGUCCUCUAGUCUGGUGGAUGAAUUAAUACGACGAGGAGAAACAAAGCUGGGACAAGAAGUGAGCCAGGAAGAUAACUGUAAGACAUCUGCACCAUCAGCUCUGGCUGACAGUCAGGCUGAAAGUUUGGCAUCAGUUUCCUGCAGUGAUCUGGAGAACGACCAGGGCUCUGAACCACAGCAAACUGGAAUUUCAAGAGCUGAUGUCUCAAGUUGUUCAGAGACCAGGCAGUCAGCACGUUCUCAGGUUGAUGAGGGCACAUCCAUACCAGACUGUCCAAACCAAAGUCCAAUAAUGCAUGAGCUAAAGCAUAAUGGCCAAAACACUAAGAAAACUUUCGGCUUGGAAUACAUGAGAGUAUCCAACAGUCGACAGGACCCAGAAGCAGAAGAAAACCGCCCUCCAGCAGAUUAUGAUCCUGCAACUGAAAUAAUGAAAGGAAACAUCAACCUAGCCUACUCGGCCAAGAAGAAAAAAAUUAUGAUUUACGUUUGUGGUGGUUACAAAGAUACAGAGCACGAAAGAAAUGCACUGAUGAAGAGAGCAUACCCACAACUAUACACAUAUUGCAAGGAAAGGGGCUAUGACAUCAUGAUGGUUGACCCCAGGUGGGGAGUGAAAAAUGGAAUUAGCGACAACCAUACAAUGGCCCAACUACAUCUUGAGGUGCUUAAAGAAUGCCAAAAAUCAGAAGGUGUCAACUUCAUUCUCUUAAUAGGACAAAAGCAUGACUUGCCUUACCUUCCUGACAGCAUAAUUAAAGAUGACUUUGAAGCUAUUUUUAACUUUAUUGACAAUGAAAGAAUGGAGGCAACAAAACAGAGGCAUGUAACUCACAAUCCUGAACUCCACACACUGACUGAAGAGCCUGGAUUACACAGGGAAUCUUAUUGUGCAGAAACUAACCUAAUCAACAGCUCAAAUCUACUUAAUGAAGAGUCCCCAGGAAGCGGUUAUGAUGGUGGCAAUGUGACCCUAUCUGUCCAUUACCAUCAGACCAAUGACACAAGUGAUCCAGUUGUGAAAGCACCACAUUCUGCAUCGGACCUUGGGAAGGCUAUUGGGCUUCUUCAGCAGUGGUACAAGUUGGAUGAAAAUUGCAUUCCCAGUGUUUACAGGCUUCAGCCAAUCAGUGCACACUUCCAAGACUUUUACAGCAAGGAUCCCUCCCGCAGACAACAAUCAAGGAAUAACUGGUCAAAUUCUUCCCAGAAGCUAUGGAGCAUCCUUCAGGAAUAUGCACCUCUGGCUCUUGGCAAAGAAGUGGCCUCAAAUCUCCUUGAAACAGUUAUAGAACAGGAGGUUAAACAAGGUCUGCAGACCGAAGGAGUCCCAGAGAACCACUGCCAUUGGUUUAAACGGUAUAUCACCGACAUUCAGUACAAUCUUUCAAGUGAGAGAGCUUCAGAUUACAUUGAUGUUUUUCCAAGGAAACCACAGCUGAACACAUUAGUGUGGAAAGCCCACAAAAAAUUUCUGGAAAGCAUCCAUGCCAGGCUUCGUCAUACCAAUAUUUAUGAGUACAAGGUCAGCUGGGGACGGGAUGGAAUCAAUCCAGAGCUCAACAGGUCCCACUUUUUCUACACAGAGCAUCUGUGUAAUGAUUUUCGAAAGACCUUCAUCACCCAUUUUAACAGGAUUGUUGGAUCAGAGAAUGCUGAGAGAAUGCCAGGGAAAGGAAGUAGGUCAAACACAGCUAAGAACUGGGUCCAGGAGGAGAUACUAGAGCACGUGCAGCAUUGUCACACACUAGCUUCAUUUUUCAUUGGAAGAGAAACCUUUUUGCUCAGCCUGAAGGAAUGUCUGCAACAGUCGAAACAAAAACCGAUUGUACUUCUUGGGGAGGUGGGAUGUGGCAAGAGUUCUCUCGUUGCCAAGGCAUCCAUCCUGUCCUCUGAAUGGAUCUCAGGAGAAUUGCGUAGAAUUGUUCGCUUUGUUGGCGUCACAGGAGAAAGCAGAAGUAUUCGCUUGCUUCUUCGGAAUUUGUGCAUUCAACUUGCUGAAAUAUAUAAUAAGUCAAUACAUUUCUCAGAGGAGUUCUCAGGACUGCUAAAUGAGUUUACUUCAAUGCUGGAGCUUGCUACUGAAGACAAGCCUCUGUUGAUUAGUUUGGAUGGCUUGGAAGAAUUGUCUGAUGACUACAAUGCUCAAAACCUUUCCUGGUUUCCUAGAGAACUGCCAAAGAAUGUCUAUAUCAUUGUAUCCAUGACAGUUGAAGAGAAUCAGGCAGCACUAAAGAUUUUAAAGGAAAAUGGGAAUAUUCUUCAUAUCCCACCACUCACUUCCAGGGAAAUAGAGAAAAUUAUCAGUUCUUGGUUCGAGAAAGACCAUCGGAAACUAACAGCUGACCAAUGGGAUUUACUACUGGAAGCUUGCACUGCCUGUCCUACCCCUCUGUAUCUCCAGUGUGCAUACAGAGAGUCUCUGGACUGGCACUCCUCCACCCCGGUCUCAGACAUUUAUCUACCACAAAGUCUGCAGCUGUUGUAUUCAACAAUUCUCAACCGAGUAGAGAAAAAACAUGGGGAAGAGCUUGUGAAGAAAGUAGCAGGGUUACUGACAUUGUCGAGAAAUGGUGUCACAUUUGCUGAAAUGACUGAUCUUCUCUCUUUGGACCAGAUGGUCAUGCAAGAGGUCCAGCAGUUCCAAAAUGUUGCUCUUUCUAAGGUCCCCGUAGUGAUCUGGAUGAAACUUCAGAGAGACUUGAAAAUCCACAUAGUGGAGCGGAGGACUGACAACACUCACACAUUUAACUGGGCCCAUUCAGCACUGAAACUUAACUGUUUGAAGAGGUACCUUACAUCUAAAGAUGAUCAGCUCUCUCUGCACUUGAAUAUAGCAAACUAUUUUUUGGGAAGACCAUCUGUCCUCUCUGGAAAGUCAAAAAUCUGUGACCCAGUGGACGUCACUGGUCAGCCCCUGGCCUGGGUUUGCAGAGAGGAUUGUGAAGUGAGCUACAACUUCAACCUACGAAAACUGAAUGGGGUUCCUUACCACCUACUGCACUCGAGUCAAGUGCCGACCCUGAUAACAGUGUGUCUUUUUAAUUUUGAGUUUUUGCUACAUAAGAUGUGGGGUUUGUCUGUCAUCAGUGUGGAAGAGGACCUGAAAACAGCAAUGACACUGGAGAGGAAGGUUGCUGACUUGAACAUACUGAGUGAAGCCAUACAGUUGUCUAAAAAAGUCUUGCUUCAGGAUCCGUGUCAACUGGCUUCACAGCUCCUCGGUCGCCUUCAGCAAAUCGUUACAGAAGAUAAACCAGUGGCUCCAGCUGGGAUGGGAGCAGUGAUGGUACAACCAGUCAGAGAGUCUUCAGCAAGGAAUGGGAGAGAGCCAAAUGAGUUUGUGUUCCUGAAUAUUAUUCUGAGUUUCCCUGUCCGGUGA